GAAGUGGUCGAGAUUUUCGGACUGUCAUUACGGAAUAGUAACACCCAGUUCUUCAGUUCCUUUGCUAAUCAUUUUCAAAUUGGUCAGUGUUCAAAAGUAAUCAAUCUACAGUAUUUUCGUGUGACGACGGAUACCAAAGCAACACCAUUGAAUUCAGUGUUCUCGGAUGUUAAUAAUACCGUCGCAUGAUUGAAAAUAGUUUAGGCUAGUGGAUUGUACUGGCGUCAGCGUACCUGCUGGAACCACCCACAACCUACGCAGGAAAAGACUGCCAAGCAACAGGAUGUGCAUCGGUUUCGAGCGUCCCACUACAGGAACGAUUCAAGGCACCAUCGUAGUGUGAUGAUAGAUCCUGAUCAGGAAACUGUUAUCAGUUUAUUGCAAAUUCAAUUGUACACAGCUGUAGGGUAAAUAAUUGGAAAGAAGUAUAUAUACAUACACAGUGAUUCCACGUGUGUUGGUAGUAGCAGAUAGCCCCAGGAAGCCAGCGAAAGCAUCGACGUGUUAACAACAUCCGUGCCGAUGAGGAUGGACCAAUGGACCAUGUGUUGCUAGCAAGUGCUUUUUCUUUCCACAUUGGUCUGGCAGUCCAACACGCUUGACUUCCGGAAGGAUAGAAUCCAAUUACGAGUCUCGGCGUCAAAACUGGAUAGUGGUGUGGUGUGUGGUGCUGAGACGAUUAUGUUAUUUCAUGUUCUCGAAGUGAAAUGGUACGAAGUUUGUGAAUCACAGUGAAUAUUCACCGUAAUCCAUCGCCUAGGGAGGAAUGACGAUGCUGUGAUAAGGCUGUUCGAGGUAAUUUCCGAUUGAGUGCAGAAAGUGGUAGAAUCAAAAACCAACGACGUCAACCACUGCUGUGGUACUUCUCGCUAUACGUCCGCGUCAGCCUUGAUUGAGCACAACAGGCGACAACCAUCGCCGCCAUCAUCACAAUCAUCAACAUCAUCAUCAUCGCCAGUGGCCCCCUGCUGGAUGAAAUUUAGUCUACCACUACUGGCAGUAAAAACAAUCACCAUGAGCCCAACCAGCUGGAGAAGCUCACUGGUAGUGGCCGCUUCGAUUCUGAGCCUAGUGGCAGCCGGUGAAGCCGGUGCCGGUGGGGGACGGUUCGCAGGAGGAGGCAACGAAGGUGGAAGUCUUCUAGCAACAAGUGCCACCAAUUACGAAGCUGGCGCCUUUGCGAACGGUACUAAUUUACUGCUGAUAACGCCAUUAGCGUUGAUGUCGAAGCACGGUGGGUCUUCCGGUGGAGGGAAACACCAAGAGGACGUCUCGCCCGUUACCCUUUCGACUGAGUGGCCCCGCUUGGCGCGCUUGCUGCUACUGGCCAGCCUUUCGGUAAUCGGAAGCAUUGGCAAUGUGUUUAUGAUUUCGUCCGUGAUGAUCGAGGAUCAUCUGAAAAAGGCGGGUAACGCAUUCAUAGUGAACAUAGCGCUCGCAGAUUUACUAAUCACUAGCGUAGUGAUGCCAGCGUCCACCAUAGUGCUCCUCGCUGGCAUUGACAAUUCGGACACGGAAGUAUGCAAAUUUCAGUGGUUUCUAGCUGCUUGCUCGUUUUUGGUUAGCAUUUUGACCCUAGCAAUAAUGGCCAUUGAGAACUAUCUUCGUCUCUGCACUGCCCAGAACGAACGCAGCUGGUUCAACAAGACCAACGUGACCGUCAUUCUACUGCUGAUCUGGUUCGUCGCAAGUCUCUGCUCAGGGAUGCAGUUCGUGUACGACAUCAGCUUCGAUUACUGUGACCGCAAAUCGAACCACAUAGUCCCAUCGGAAGCGGGUUGGAUUGGUCUGAUGGUGCUGCUUCCAUUGUUACUAACCUUCCUGGCGCACAUCCGUAUCAUCGUGGACGUGAGGCGCAACAUGAGUCUACCGAACUUCAAGCCAAAUUUGGCCUAUACCUGGGACCUGUCCCUGGUCCGGUCCAACUUCUACAGCUUCCUCGUGUUUGUUCUGUUUUGGCUGCCGUUUUGCAUCAUCCUGGCGUAUGGGACGACCAAAACUGUACCGAAUCGAGUAUUUUACAACACGGCCUGGAUCGGACUGUCCAAAUCCUGCUUCCACAAUGUGAUCUACUGUCUGACAAAUCGUCACUUUCGCAGCGCGUACGUCAGUUUGUUCAACUACUGUUGCUGCAAAACCACGGUUGCCGUUUCCAGACGCCAGCGUACCGACGGUAACCGACCGACGGCGGACGUUCGGGUACACAUCAUUCCGGGUUACAACAUGUACUCGUACACUAGCCCGCAGCGAGCAGGAAACAGCCACUGGGGGAAGCGUGAAUGUCACGAGUUAUGAUCGGAAACGUAGCUAAAUUAAUCGAAAACGUACCGGCAUGAUUUCGAUUAAUUUACUGAGAGAUUAGGAUUGAUAAGUUCGGCGAUACCGUUUGUGACUGGAAAUAAAUAGGUACGGUACCGAAUUGACAAGUUUCGCCGUCUGAUAGAUAGAGGUUCCGCAAAAGUAUUGUGGCUGAAGUGCAACUCGCGUAUUUGAAACAAAAGUUCUAAAUUAUUUCAUAAAUUGAUAAAUUUUCAAAUCCAGAAGGAGUUUGGUCCGGAGAAAGAUAAUAGGGGAAAGAGGGCGAAGAUGAACGCUAAUUAUCAAUUCUACACCAGGGUUGCCACUAGUUUUCAAAGAAUAUCUGGCAGAUCAACUAAAAAUGUCUGGCAAAAUCUGUCACUUCAAAGCGACCUCAAAGUCAUCAAUAUUUAUCAAUCGAUUUUUAAUAAAUUUUUAUAAAAUAUGCCCCAAAUUUCCAAAAUUUGUGUGUGCAAACACUUCUUUAAUUUAAAAAUCUGGCAGAAUGAGAGGUUUGUCUUUUUGCCUGGAAGCUGUAAAAAACUCUUGCUGUGCCAGAUAUAUCUGGCAUAAUAGCAUCCCUGUUCUACACAUCCAUUGCUGCAUUGUUCGCAAUUUGAGAUCAACUUCUAUCAAUUUAGUAACUUAUACUAAUACAGUUUCAUGCAGAAAGACUUUUAAAAUAAGCACAAAAUCGUCAUUGCAAAAUUUGGAUUGGAAAUAUGGACACCUGACAUAGGAAAGAUGGUCAUUGGUAAAUAACAAGGACAGAAUGAUGCGCAUCUCGACCAAUUAAUUGUUUUCUUUAGGUACAUCACAAGUUUGCGAUAAUAAGAAUUAUCCCAAGAUUAUGCAAUUUGACAGCAUUGUGCUUUGUAUUCGUGUUAGAAAUAUGUCCAUCUUUCCCUACCCUAUUGUAUCUGGCAUACAUACCCAACAUUACCUUUUUUGAAGUCAUAGUUUGUAACCCUUUUUCGCCAAAAAUUUUGCAGAUCGGUCGUUGAUACUGUAAAAACACUGCUGUAUCUUCUCUGUAAGCGAAUUGGUUCUCAGAAGUUUCCAGCAAACUGCCCGCGGACAAGGAUUAUGAAAAUUCAGCCUCAUCAAAACGUCAGAACUUCAAACAUUCCUUGGGAUUCUACGAAAUGUACAGGAAUACCUUAUUUUGGUGAAGGCUAUAUGGUUCGACAAUAAAACGGAAGUCCCUAGUCUUCCCACUUAUCUUCUUCAAUUUAAGUUUCAGGUGCAGCUUUGUUCGAUAUCAGAAGAGAACCAUACCAUACCAUACCUUAAGCCAAACCCACUGAAACUGGGGAUGAAAGAGAUAGGAAAGAUUGAAAAGAGACACCCGUGAAUAUCUUUUAACAGAUCAUCCUUCAGCGCUAUCGAAAAAUGACCUUUCUCCAACUUAGCUUGCACUCGAUAAGUAUUCUCGAAGAUCCUAUACAAUCAGCCGGAGCAUUGUUCGAUAGAGAGAGAACCUCUGCGAUUGUGUUUUUUCCCUAGAUUUUUUAACAAAAUUCUACCCAUUGUUUAAGGGAUUAAGAGGAGCACGCUUCACGCAACUUUUCUCGUUUGACAGAAUUUAAGGUUUUCAGCUGAUGGAAGCUUGCUGAAGUUUUUCUGGGUUUCAGUCAUCAAAUUUCGGUGUGUACGGACGAACCUUAUUCGUGUUCGAGGAGGAGGCUUAUAAGUUUAUUAUCUUUCUCGGGGAAAAAACGGCCUCAUGACGUUGCAAGACUGUAAGAGGCUCUCUCAAAAUAUCAUAUUAACGGGUUAGGUAGUAUGAAGAAGGACGAUGGGACUUUCACCAUUGAUUCCCAAGAAACACUUAGUAUCAUGAUCGAUAGCCAUUUUCCUGGUUCUUUUCCUAAUAAUAAUAUACAAACACAGAAUCAAAUUGUAGCAGAGACUGACUUAUAUGACGCUGGUACCGAAAUACUCAGUGAUAUCACGGUGUCUUUUUUUAACAACUUUAUGCAAAAAAAUUCAGCAUCUCUGAAACUUCGGGAUAUGAAAGAAUGGGCUUUCCCCUUUCAUUUGAAACCAAAAUCUAAAUAAUCCGUCGGGGGGUCCAGAGCAACUUUUUUUUUGAAGUUUUUUCGUGAAAACAUAGAUUUUACAAUGGAACUAGUUCAUAUUUCUGUCCCUAGAUGGUGCUUUAGACAUUCGAACAACACUAAAAGUAAGAAUCUGAUAGAUUAUUUAAUUGUCUACAACUUUGUUACCAACUAAAAACUGAUUUGAAAUUAUCCCGAAAAGUAGUUUAAAAUGUUAACGAAUUUUAAGUCUAAGUUAGUUUCACAGAAGACCUAGUGGUUUGUCAAUUCACAAGCACUUUUUUUAUUUGCCAAAUAGUUGUGUUUAGUUCAAUAGUGAAUUCAGCGGAAUUUGAGAGCUUGGAAAGUCUCAUCUUUUAGCUGAAAAUUAUAAUUCCCUGAUACAGGGCACCAUUCAUAUUUUUGGGAUGAGAAGUUUUAGAUAAGUGUUGACCAAACUAGUAUGAUAUUAAUAUUCUUUUUCAUGAUGGUAAGUGAUUCCUCCCGCAGAAACAGCUUUUUGAAUUAUGUAUGCCUUCUUUUCAUUUUUUUCGAUUGUGCCCAGGGAUGACUGAUAACUAUUCUUACAUGAAUCUCCUACUCUGUUAGCAUCUUCGUAUAAAAUUGACUUGUCCUGAACAUCAACCUUUAUAUUUGAACAAACUCAAUGAAACUUUUAACGCACCAUUGCAAUAUUUCGCGGAUUUCAUUGCAACGUUUGGUUAAAAACGCUAAUUAUCCGUUUUCAAAAUUAACUCAAUGUGACAAACAGUGAGCAAAAAACUUUGGAUCAAGAUAAUUUUUUUGGGAUAUAUUCGAAGACUUCUAUGUAUAUAAGAUUAUUGUUGCACACAAAUCAUAUUAUGUUUUCAGUAAUACAUAUCGCAUAAUCUAGGAUCAAUUAAGUAACGAUAUCUCGCAUAAUUGAUAGGAAAUGGCCGUAAAAUCCAACUGCCACAAUAUGCUUUGCGGAGAAAAUUUGAAUAAAUCGUUUCACGCUAACCACUAAUUUGGACAGUUACUGCUGUGGUUUGCGUUAAAUCAGAAACGGUGUGUCCCAACAUUUCGUCUUGAACGGAAUUAUAAUAGCUAACUUAAGCGAUCAUAACCUAAAUUAUACGACGCAUGAACCUUUCUAAAACAUAAAUGUAAGCAAACCCUUGCAACCAAGCAAUACCUUCCGAUGAAUGGUAGUCCCUUCGACUCUAUCGGGAAAGAUUACAAACCAAAAGCACAAAUAGUUUUCUGACUCUGUCAAACAUCCUUAUUUUCAGAAGUUCAAUUAGAAUUGUCAACGUAAUGAAUCCCGUCUAAUAUGUUCAUGCCACUAAACCCAAUUAUUUUUUUGGUCAUGUAAUAAGUGCGAGAAAACAUAUUUCCAAACCACUAGACCUCGUGUGAAACUAUCUUAGAUAUAACAUUGUUAAAAUCUUAAACAACUUUUCCGGAUGAUUCAGAUAAAGCACCAUCUAGGGACAGAAAUAUGAACUAUCUCCACUAGUAAAACCUAUAUUGUUACGAAAAAAACUUCAAAAAAAAAGUUGCUCUGGACCCCCCGACGGAUUAUUUUAAUCUUAGUUUCGAAUGAUAGGGGAAAGCCCAUUCUUUCAUAUUCCGAAGUUUCAGAAAUGCUGAAUUUUUUUGCAUACAAUUGUUCUAAUAAAUACACCGUGAUAUAUUUACAGACGCAAAGUUGGAAUGGGCGAUAGACUCCUUUGAACCAUUCAAAUCACCAGGGAUGGAUGGAAUACUGCCAAUGCUACAAAAAAGUAAACAGCAUGUCAUAAUUUCGAGAACCUUUAGGGCAAGCCUGAUACUAAACUAUAUACCUACAAAUUGGAGACAAACAAGGCUAAUAUUAAUACCAAUAUCGAGGAAGCGAACUACGUCACUUCCAGAAUCCUUUAGGCCAAUCCGCUUAACCUCCAUAUUUUUGAAAAUAAUGGAGAAAAUGAUUGAUUUACAUAUUAAAGCAGAGUUUUUGAAAUGUUCUCCACUGAGCGAAUUUCAAUUCGUAUAUCAAAGCAACAAAUCAACAGUCAAAUAUUUACACAUGUUGGAAAACUAGAGAAUUCUUAUGAUUAGCCCGCUGGGAAACACGAGACUGACCAUGAAAACAAAUUAGGGAUGUCCUCAAGGCGGAGUUCUAUCACCCUUAUUGUGGUCAUUAGUUGUAGACGAGCUAUUGAAAUAAUUAAUUGAAAUGGAAUACGAAGUGAUUAGAUUUGCAGAUGACGUUGUAAUCCUAUUGAAAGGAAAAUGUAUGUUAUCUCAAAUAGAAUGCAAUUUGCAUUGAAUUUCACUUCGAGGUAGUGUAAAAAGGAGGUAACUCACUUCGAGGUAGUGUAAAAAGGAGGGCCUGAAUAUUAAAUAUUGUGGAGUUGUCGGGAAUGGAAAAGCCGAUAGCUAGCAAGAAGAGGAUCUUCCACUAAUUUUAUCGGCCCAGAACCAUUAUGUGGAGUCUCAUCGAGCGCCCUCAAAAUGGAACUGAAUAAGUGGGAAAACACAGCUAUAAAAAGCAAUUGGUGUACCAUACAAGGACUAUGCAUCAUGACAGGACUAUUUACCGGACACUGUCCUGGUAAAUAUCAUCUUAAGAAAAUUCGUAAGCUUUCAAACGAUACAUGCCGCGUCUCCGGAUCUGAAAGUGAAACAUUACGAAAGCAGUGCAUUGAUACAACGCAGACUAAGAGUCCUCGGUAAAUUUUUGGACUGCAAAUCCCAAACAGGCAAUAAACUUCAUACGAAGUGCUGUGCCUAACUGGCAAGAGUGUGUAUCUCAAUAACGACAAUCACUCAUCAAUAGUGUUAUGUCAUAGUAUAUAGUUGCACUUACAUUAACGAAGAUGCAUCCCAUAAUAGACCUGAGUACUGGUCUCAGUGGUACGCCUCCUACAAAAAUCGCAUCCUUUGCUCGUAUGUAUGUAUGUUUAUUGGGGCUUUAACAUAAUUGGUUAUUCGCCCUUCUUUGCUCGUCGCUGAGGCAGGCAGAGAGAGAGGAGAAAAUUGAGUAUUGGCAGCUGUCCUAAUGGCGGCGCUCUGUCACCUUUGCUAUGGAUCCUAUUUGCCGACGGCCUGUUGAGGAAACUCAAUGAGCUUGGAUUUCAAACCUACGGGUUUGCUGACGAUUACCAAAUACUAAUUACUGGACUUUGCAUCGGAACAAUUUUUGACUUAAUGCAACAAGCAUUAGGAGUUGUCGAACAGUGGUGACGACAAAUUAAAUUAUCAGUUAAUCCAAACGACUUCACAACUUUCGUCCCUUGCAGUUCUUCGACUAAGAGCUACUGUGUGCAGAUCAUGUCAAGUACGUUGGAGUUAUAUUGGAUUCCAAACUCAACUGGUCUGCUCACAUUGAGUGCAGAGUUAAAGCAUGCAUGGUUUUCGGGCAGUGCAGACGAACUUUUGGAAAGACCUGGGGCCUCAAACCCAAAUACAUCUAUUGAAUUUACACGACAACUGUACGUCCAUUACUGUCAUACGGAUAACUUGUGUGAUGGCAGAGGGAAGAGGUGAUGACGGUCCAGUCGAAGCCAAACCAUCUGCAAAGAAUGGCGCUCAUGGCGUUGACUGGUGCUUUCACCACGACUCCGACUGCUGCUCUUCAGGCUCAUCUAAAUAUCAAACUAUUACAUAUACACUUUAAACAAGCAGCAUUACCAUAUGUAUACAGAGUGAAGGUUAUUGGUCUUUACAACAGUAGCCAUGUUGAUCUUGCUACCAGUGCCACACGACUGUGGUCACAAAUGGUUACAUUGGGUGAAGAUAUUCUUGCUCCCAGCGAUAUUACACUCACAUGUAGUUUUUCUUUCAAUGCAUUCCACGUGAAGAGUCCUUCUCGUGAGGAGUGGAUGUCUGGCUAUAUGGAGAAACAACAACAAACGCAAGGGGCCUGUUAUACUGACGGCUAUCUGAUGCAGGGACGUGCUGGUGCUGGUGUCUACUGUCGUGAAAUGAGAUUGGAACAAUCUCAUUCGUUAUGCAGAUGCACUGUACUGUAUACCAAGCAGAAAUCUUUGCGAUUAUGUGCAGGAUAUAAUCGACCUUUCGACAGAGCUUGUUCGCCAGUUAUAAACUUCUGCUCCGAUAGUCAGGCUGCAAUCAAAGCUCUUAGCUCGGACAAAUCACGGUCCAAGUUAGUGAUUUUAUUAUCAUUUAUAUUCACGGAAAUAUUGCCUCUAACAUUACCGCAUUAGACGUGUAGUUACACGUUGGUCUUAACAAUGAAGCUUAUUGCUUCGGCUGAACUUUUGAACGUUAUCAGCACACAAUUACGCACAUGAUGUAGCUGUAUUUGAGACACGUUAAUUAUGUUGUUAUACUCCAUUUCUACCGUUAGUAACUGUUAUAUGAGUUUGUUUAAAGUCGAUUGUAGUUUUUCUCAGGUAUGUUACAUUUUUCUUCUAUGGCUCCCUCAUCGCGCUUCACAGUACGGGAUCAACGGGACGUAUCUGUUACUGCAGUGUAUGAGUAACAAAGCGACACAAGUAGCAUUUUUUCGCGGAUGUGCGUGGAGGUUAUAAAAUAGCGGGAAAAGCCCCAAAUGGUGCAUGCGUUAAUGAAAGAUUAAAGUCGGUCGACAGUUGGUAUGAUUUUUUGCCUGUUGAUUUCUCGCAUUUCGCAUCCUUAUGUGUUAGCCAUAACAAACUGAUAAUAGACACUUCGAUAAUGUGAAUCAAAUCGAAUGGCUACGAAUUAACGUCGUUACAAUGUACCCUUUUCUUGAUGGAGUGACCUGCAAAAUGUUUUAAAUGCGGUUUGAAUGCCAAUCAGUUCACGACCUUACUAAGAGAAAACUAACUUAUGGUAGAGAAAAUGCCAUUCACAUGCAUUAUAUCCGUUAACAUUUUGCUGAUUUCUGAACUUUGAUGGAGGCCUCCAUAAUACAUUUAAUGGUAUAUUGCUUCAUUGUUUAGUGGCAAUGUGCACAGGCGACACUCUAGUCUAGUCUAUACACAAACAUUCAAUACAUGAAGGGAUUCUAGGAAAUUGCAGACAUUCGUCUACAAUUUUUCUUGUCAAUAUGUUAAUGUUUAUGGUACAUAUGGUAUGUGACACAAUCAUUAAAACGGACAACUGUACAGCGUACAAAACUAAGAUAAUUCAAAAUUCUGCGGCAAUCCAAUUAUUCAUGCAAUGAAGAAUUUAAUCACCGAAACGUGGAGAAAAUUGGCGAAAUCGAUUAAUUAAUACUAAACAUGAAGACAUAAAACGUCUAAACAGCUCCGAGAACCGAAAAAAUAAAAAAUUAACUAAAACUUCUACAUAAAAACCUGUUUUAAUCCACCUAGCGGUGCAAUUGUGCCUUUCUGAAACAUGAAAACGAGAAUUUUUGCGUUGUUUAUAUUCAUUAUAAGCUUCCAAAUGUAUAUAUUACAUUUUUAUUACACACGACAUGACAACUAUAUACAAGAAUAGAAAUCAUUAUUCGAGUUCUAAAAGAAAAAACAGCCACAAUAAUAUUAAAUUACAAAAAAGGUGCGAAAUCGGCAAAGUCCCAAAAAGUCAAUUUUAUAAAAAAAAAAUUUCGUGAUGACAUAAAAUCUCGACGUUUCAUGCAUUUUAAAGAUGUUUGGCAUCAAAAAUACGAAUUCGAUUUCUGAAAUUUCAUGAGGUCCCCCGUUUGAAAAAAAUUAAGUUCCGGCUUAUAUGGGAAUUUCAUAUGUGACCGGACGAUUUAGUCUAUAUUUCCGGACCCAUAUAAGCAAUCCGUACGAAAUUUUAUAGACAUCUAUGGGGAUAUUAUAGCUAUCAUUUGGGACUAAGUUUGUGAAAAUCGGCCCAACCAUUUCACAGUGGUCCAGAUCGCUAAUUUAGGAGGAAUUUUUACUUUCUGACAAACCUGUAUAAUUUAGCCGUAUCAUGUCUUAGGAUGAAUUUGUGUACUUUAGAAGAUGCUUCUUUUUAUUGGAAUAGUUAUUAGGGUGGUUCUAAUUUAUCUAAAAUACGAAAAUAAACUUUUUACUGAUGAAAGAUAGAGCUCCACAGUCUUCCACAAAGUUGUAAAGUAACUUAUUUUGAAUAAAUUUGUUGAACAUAUUAAAGCUCUAUCUCUUUUAGUUUUUGUUAUACAAGAAAUUUAAAAAAAAAAGAUUAGGGUGUUCCUGAAAAAAAGGUUUUUUUGUAUAACUUUCGUAUCUUUUACUUUUUGUUAACACAACCUUUGAACAGCUUAUUGAAAACUUCAAGCCGAGUAUUUUUCUCCAAGACACCGAAGGUCUAACUUUUUUCUUUAAAAAGUUAUGGACACUUUUCGUUAAAAAAAUAGCCUAUUUCAAGGCUCAAUAUCGCUGAUGCGGGCACCUAAAAUUGAAUUCUGUUUCCACCACAUGAAAGACCAUACUUAUUAGUAUAUUUGAGCAAAAAUUGGCGAAUACGAUAUUUUUUUAAAAUUUGCAAUUUAGAUUUAAAGUUUGUAGUUUUGCAGGUUCAACGCAUUAAAGCAUUUACACACAUAUCGUUGUAUUAUGAAAAAAGCCACUUUCAAAUAUCAUUCUCUCAUCGCAGCAAGCUUUGCAUAAGUGAAACGACUGUCAAAAAAGGUUUCUGAUUUUAUUCGUUUUAAAUAAAACUAGUAAAUAUGGAUAUUAGUCGAAGAGAGUUGGCGAAUUUGCUUAUUGCUGGUAAAAAGACAGAUGAACUGCUUAAGUUCAUUACAAGUAGUAAUCCAAAUGUAAAAUUGAGACUUGUUAAUGUUCGAAAGAAAUUUUAUAUUUUGUUAAAACAACCUUUGAACAGCUUUUAGAAAACUUCAAUCCACGUUUUUUCAUAACUCUGAAAGUCUAACUUUAUACUUUCAAAAGUUAUGGAAACUUUUCGCUCAUAAAUAGCCCUUUUUCAAAUGUCAUUAUCUCUGAUUGGGGCAAAUAAAAGUAAGUUCGGAUUGAACCAUAGAAAAGAACAUACUUUUAAGUAUAUUUGAGCAAAAAUUGGAAAAUAUUAUUUUUUUUAAGCAUGUAAUUUUAAAUUUACUAACCAAAGUUUUAAAUUUUAUCGCAUAGCGACAUAAAAGAAAUUGCCUAAA